AUGGGCAACUGUCAACCUACCAUUGUUCCCUAUGAGGACUUUGAUGUCGUGGCAGAUAUCAAGGCGAUCCGGAAAGCCUGCAAAGGGCUGGGCACGGAUGAGCAGGCGAUCAUUGACAUCCUGGCAUAUCGCAGCUCGGAUCAGAGAAUGCAGAUAAAACAGGCGUACUUUGAGAAAUAUGACGAUGAGCUGGUGGACGUGUUGAAGAGUGAGCUGUCAGGGAGCUUUGAGAAGGCCAUCCUGGCGAUGCUGGACCCGCCUCUGGUCUACGCCGUGAAGGAGCUCCGCAGGGCCAUGAAGGGGGCCGGCACCGACGAGGACGUCCUGGUGGAGAUCCUCUGCACUGCCACCAACGACGACGUUGCCAUGUUUAAAGAAUGCUACAUGCAAGUCCAUGAACGAGAUCUGGAGGCCGACAUAGAGGGCGAUACCAGCGGCGACGUCCUGAACCUUCUGGUGGCCCUCUUACAGGGGAACAGAGACGAGUCGUAUGAAGUGGACGAGGAGCUGGCGGAGCAAGAUGCCACGGCGCUGUUUGAGGCCGGUGAGGAGAGAUUUGGGACGGAUGAGUCCACGUUCAGCUACGUUCUGGCCGUCAGAAACUACCUCCAGCUCCAGGCCACGUUUAAAAUCUAUGAGCAGCUUUCUGGGACUGAGAUUCUGGACGCCAUUGAAAAUGAAACUUCUGGGACUCUGAAGAAAUGCUUCAAAGCUCUUGUGAGAGGAGCUAAGAACCCACAGCUGUAUUUCGCCAGACGAAUUCACGACGCCAUGAAAGGAGCCGGCACCGACGAAGACACUCUCAUCCGCAUCAUCGUGACCCGCUCUGAGUAUGACCUGGAGACCAUCAAAGACAUGUAUUUAGAGAAGUAUGACGUGUCUCUGAAGGACGCUCUGAAGGAUGAGUGUAGCGGCGACUUCAAGCGCCUCCUACUGGCCAUCUGUCACUAA